AUGACCGUCUCCCAACACCCUUCCCCUGAGGAACUUCAUCUCCUCUACGUCCUACUAGAUUCCAACCUCCCUACAGGGGGUUUCGUGUCCUCCUCGGGAUUAGAAUCAUUCGCCAAACACGGUUUCCUCUCUCCUCUUCCACCUUCAUAUUCGUCCUCUGGUGCAUCUUCGAAAAGAAGUAUACCAGAAGGUAUAUCCGAUUUCGCCAAAGUGGAAGUGGAAAAUUACAGUAUGACAACUUGCACAUUCGUUAUGGACGCUUAUCAAAUCGUACACAAAGCUUUAUCCUUAUUCCUCCUUCAACCCCACGAAGACAUGGAUUUGGAUGUAGAAGGGAUAGUAGAAGAUAUCAUACAGGUGGAUAAGUAUAACGAAUCUACGUUGUUGAAUCAUGUAGGAAGGAGAGCAUCGAAAGCUCAAGGUGUAGCUAUGUUAACUCUGUAUACGAGGGGUUUAUCAAAUCCUGCUGGAUUAGAAGAAGUCAAUGAUAUAGAUGGUGAAAGUAAUAACAAGACGAGGGCGAAGAAGAUAAUCAAUUUGUACAAGAGAUGUAUAAGAGGAAAUAGGUCGCCAGGUCAUUUGGCGGUUUGUUGGGGUGUUAUGACUGCUUGUCUUGGAUUAUCUUUAGACCGAUCAAUUCAUCUUCAUCUAUUCCUUCACGCUCGUUCACUCCUCUCUUCAGCCGUACGUCUCAACCUCAUCGGACCAUACGCCUCAAGUCAGUUGCUCCUACAUCCCUUUAAAAAAAUAAUCGACGAUCAAGUGGAAGCGUUGUACAGGUAUGGUUAUUUGGAUGCUGUGGAUUCUCAAUGCCAACGUGUGAAUGGGAUAUCAUUCCAAAAGAAAGAGGAAGAGGAGGAGGGAGAAGAUGAUUUUUGGUCAUGGACCAAUGAAACAGAUCCUUCAGGCCCAAAGACUACUUGGCCAUUAGGUGAGAUAUUAAUGAGUAGACAUGAUUUACAGCAUUCACGUAUAUUCAACUCGUAA